CAGGCAGUCCUGAUACCCCUCCCCCCCCGGCCGCCGGUAUCCCCUUAUUCUCAUGGAUUUCUCAUGGGGCUGAAGCAGACAAAAUGGGGGAGGAGGAGGUGAUGGGGGGGGAGGAGGAGGAGCAGGGAAGGAGAGCUAGGCUAAUUCAUCAAUAAUCUUUACCUAAUCCCUCCCCUUCUCCUUCUCACUCUCUUACUCUCCCUCUCUGCCUAGGGGCAUUCAAGCAAUACAUCCAUCCCCCGCCCCACCUCUCACACACACACACACACACACACACACACAAAGCCCUUACAGACAAACUUGCACACACACAUAUGGGUCUGUCUCAACACGUCCAGAGGGAGGGGAUGAAUCGAGCUGCAGAGUGUUAUUUCUUUCGCCUCCAUAUGUGUGUCGGCGUGCGUGUGUGUGAGUGUGUGCGAGUGUGUGGGGUGUAAGUUGAGUCCUCUGGGGGCAGUGUGUCUUAGCUCAGACCAGGAGCUCAAAUGGUGAUUAUAGACUAGAGACUAGGUGUGGCAAGAUGGGGCGGCGUCAGAGGCUUUGUCUAUAGUUCCCGUACAGCCCACCAACCGGGAGGAGGCUCUGCUGUCUAUCACGGUCCGCCCCGGAGCCAUGCUCAGUCUGGGAUUGAACGAGCUGCCGCGUGGGGCUGAACCGCUCUCAAACCGAGACCUAAGCCACGGUGAAUCAGACGAGCACAAGUUCAAGAAGCUCGAGGGAACCUUUGUAGCCAGAUACAAGAACAUGACCAAGUGAAGAACUGCUGGAGCAUAUCUCUUUUCCUUUCUUUCUUUUUGUGUUUUUUUUUACAACCCUCAUUUAUUCUUCUUUUGCAACUCAUGACAAAGAUGUUCUGUGGAGUUCUAGCUGAGUAACACACCUUUUGAAGAGGCUUUCCUUUUUGCAGGAAUUGAAAAAGAGCCUCUUGAUCUUUAUUUUUUUUCAGAUUCAAAGGAUACGAUUUCAAUGAUAAAACCAUUUGGAAUAUGGGACUUUUAAUCUAUGAUUUGGACCAUAGGGACAGGCAACUCUGUUUUUGUGCUCAGCUCUGGGUAAUUUUGAUAACUCUUGCAGGUAAAAUCUCUCCGACCAGCUCCGAUGCUCUCCUCAGCUCCUCAGCGGUGACCGCCAGUCCCUCGCCACCCAAUGUGUACCUCCCCGCCAACUUCAAAAUGUCCAAUGCACAACUGGCUUUCUUCCUGCGGGAGGCUCAGAUCACAGGACAGACAUUUGGCGGCGGCAGGGGCAGCAGAGGCCCGAGCACUGGACACCCGCUGCAGCGCUCUGAGAGUUUCGUGGUUUUCCAGACAAAAGACCUCCCCGCCAUCAACAUAACCUUCGGGCCUUUUGCCCGGGACCAGGCCCUGUCCAAGGAGUUGCUCCAGCCAGCCAGCCCGCUGGAUAUUCCCGGCCAGCUGACCGUCAACUGGAAGGUGAGGGCCUUCAUUGUCCAGGCGCGGGUCUUCUCCAACAACCCCACAGUCCAGGUGUUUUUCUACAUCGCCGGCCGCGACUGGGAUGACUUCAAAGCGCAGGACCAGCUGCCCUGCGUCCGUCUGCACGCCUUCCGGGACGUCCGCGAAAUCAAAACCUCCUGCCGCAUGAAAGGCAACCUGGCGCAGUGCUUGGCCCAGCUGGACCUGCCCCCGUCCUGGUUUAACACCAACGUGGCCCCGCUUGGUCGGAGGAAAGGCUCCACCGACGGGCUCUUGGAUGGGCUCACCAGCGAGACCCUGCAGGCGGAGCUCUACUACACGCUCCACGGGCCCAGUCUGGAUGGGGAGUGCAUUGAGGGCUCAGGUCAUAGGGGUGGUGGUGUUUCCAGGGGAGAGCCUCUGUCACAGCACCCCCUGCUGCGCAUCGGGAGCAUCAGCCUGUACCAGGCCAGCCAGGAGCAGCUGCUGGUGGACAAGCAGUUGGACAAGAACAUGUUCCUCAGGCUGCCCGAGAAGCCCCUGAAGCCCGGAGAAACCCUCAAAAUCUUCCUCUACCUGAUGCCCAACUCCACUGUGGAGCAGUUCACCCUCAGGGUCAAAGCAAAGAAAGGGGUGAACCUGCUCGAGACCAAGUCAAAGAACGCCCAGUGGACGGUGGACUGGGAGAUUCAGUCCGGCGCCAAGCACUCCAUCACCACCAUCGAUGUGAACAAGAACAAAGCAGUCAAACAGGGGGAGGUUUUGGGCAACGUGGAGGUGAUGCAGUUGGAUUUCGAGAUGGAGAACUUCACCAGCCUCUCGGUGACCAGACGGAUCAACUGGAACAUCGACUACAAGGGGCAGAACCCGCCUCCCGAUUCAGAGAAGGUUGUGACGGAGCUGACGGUGGUGCAGCGAGACAUCCAGGCCAUCAUUCCUCUGGCCAUGGACACUGAGAUUAUCAACACGGCCAUCCUGACCGGACGCACCGUGGCCAUUCCCGUCAAAAUGGUCUCCAUAGAGAUGAAUGGAGCGGUGACUGACGUCUCCGCCUUUGUGCAGUGCAAGUCCUCCAACGAAGACAUUGUUAAGGUGUCCAUGAAUUGCGACUACGUGUUCGUGAACGGGAAGGAGACGCGGGGAUCCAUGAGUGCGAGGGUGAUCUUCAGCUACGAGCACCUGAGCGCACCACUGGAGCUGACCGUCUGGGUGCCCAAACUCCCCCUGCAGGUGGAACUCUCUGACAACAAUCUCAGCUUCAUCAAAGGCUGGAGGGUUCCCAUUCUGCCCGAUCGAAGGAGCACCAGAGACAGCGACGCAGACGACGAAGACGACGAGCGCCGGGUGAGCCGAGGCUGCACCCUGCAGUACCAGCGGGCCCUGGUCAAGGUGCUGACCCAGUUCCACACCACCUCCACAGAGGGCACCGACCAGGUCAUCACUAUGCUGGGGCCCGACUGGCAGGUGGACGUCACGGACCUGGUCCAGGACUCGCUGAAGGUGGCCGACCCCAGAAUAGCUGAGCUGGUGGACAGGACCGUGUUGGUGGGUCUGGAGCUGGGAUCCACGGUGCUGAAGGUGGAGUCUCCGCUGGCAGUGGAUGCGGUGUUGGGAGAGUCUGCAUUCUCGGUCACGGAUGACAAGGUUUCCAUCACAGAGAUGCGUGUUCACGGCAUCUCCGGCCUGACCCUGUCACUGCAGCCCAGCCCCGGGAACAGCCACACCAUGGUGGCCAAGGCAACCGGCGUCCAGACGCUCAUGGCUCCCAAGCAGGAGGCCAGUUUGUCCAUCUGGAUGCUUUUCAGUGACAACACAGCUGCCACUCUGACUUACUUUGAUCCUAAAGACUACAACCUUAAUGCGUCCACACUGGAUGACAGAGUUGUGUCGGUAUCCCAGGAGCCUCAGCAACGCUGGCCUGUGCUGGUGGCAGAAGGGGAGGGCUCUGGUGAGAUGGUGCGUUUAGAGAUGACCAUCUGUGAGGCCUGCCAGAAGACCAAACGCAAAAGCGUCAUCGCAUCUGCUGCAGUUUAUGUCAAGGUCCGCUUUGGCCCAGAGGAAGAUUCUGAGGAAGAGGCCACCACCGAGGGCGAGAUAGAGCUGACACCCAUUACCAGGCGUCCAAUCAUUGAUCCGAACAUCAGUGGAAGAAUUUACGAGACGUCCAAUGAGCAGCCUGCCAGCGUUCCCAUAGAUUACACCAAUUUCCCCACCAGUAGCAACCAGGAGCGACCGACUGAGAGUGAUGAGGAGGAGGAAGAAGACUUUGUGCAUUCGCCUCGUAAUAUGACUGACCUUGAGAUCGGCAUGUAUGCUCUUCUAGGAGUCUUCUGUCUGGCCAUCUUAGUCUUUCUCAUCAACUGCAUCGUCUUCGUGCUCAAAUACCGCCACAAGCGGAUCCCGCCCGAGGGUCAGGCCAACAUGGACCAUUCCCACCACUGGGUGUUCCUGGGAAAUGGCCAGCCACUGAGGGCCCAGUGUGAUCUGUCACCACAGCAGGUAGAAAGUCCAAGUAACCCUCAGGAGGGCGUACAGACUUGCUGCCAUGGGGACCACCACAGCAGUGGCAGCUCCCAGACUAGCGUUCAAAGUCAGGUGCACGGGCGGGGCGAUGGCAGCUCUGGGGGCUCUACAAAGGAGAACGCCGAGGAGGCCAGUUCACCCACCUCCAAGCGCAAGAGAGUCAAGUUUACCACCUUUACCACCCUUCCCACAGAGGAGCUGCCCUAUAACUCCAUCCCCAUUGCAGAUGAAGAGGACAUUCAGUGGGUUUGCCAGGAUAUGGGCUUUCAAGACCCCGAGGAACUGCAUGAUUACAUGCGCAGAAUAAAAGAAAUAGCCUGAGAUAAGAGAUGCAGCGUGAAGCACAGCUCUCAGCAUUCUAAAGAAACGUUAUUACUAUUUUUCUCUUUUUCACCUACGUGAAAGAUAAUUUUUCACAGACUAAAAGGCCAAUUGUUGUUUUGGUUUAGGGUGUGUUCCAUUUAGUUUGCACAGUGCUGUAAUCUCAUACACGCUCACACAGAGGAGAAUGCAAGGAAGCCAAAGACUUGACCAGAGGAUCUCAAUCACUAGAGAAAUCUGUGAAUCUUGGCUAAAGGUAACAUGUUUCACUGGGAAUCUGAGCCACAGCCAGAGGUGAGAGCUGCUCCAGCGCUCUUAUUUGAUUUUAGAGAAAGCCUGAUAAGGACAGGAAUGUAGAGGAGGUUUGGUAUUGGCUGUGCUUUUGCUGACUCAGUGGGACUCUGAAGUAAUGUACCUACUCCAAACAAAGAUGCCUUUGAUGAACAAAAAACUGUCAAAGACUCUCAUGAAAGCUACGUUUAAAAAAAAUCAUUUUAUUUUUUGCCAAAGUAGAAAAAGCGUUCUUUUAAUGGCGAAACUGUCUUCAUUGUUGUUCUUGGUGCAGCACACUCAUGAUUUGUACUCAUGUUCAUUCCUUACAUUUUUCUACAAUUCAUAGGUAGUCAAAAAGCAGUGCCCUACUACUAGUCCUCUUGGUCCUGAACAAAUCUAAUGCCUUAUAAAAAUGGUCACAGGUCACUUCUUAUAUCAGCGCGGACACCCUGUUUUCUCACUAAGGCUAGAGACGGUGUAAUAAGAUGUAAAGUACUGCAACUGAUCUCCAGCAUGAGGUCAAAUUAGAAAAGAGCUUGUGUAUUGUGAGGAUCUCUAAUGUUCUUUGCAUGGAAGGGGAUCUUGAGGCACAAUCAACUUUUUUUCCAAAUUUGUAAAUGUUUGUAUCAUAAUUAUAUAAUCAUUCAUACACAUGACUAAAGUAAAUAUGUUAUCAUGCAUUUCACGCAUGCCAUGUCAGGCCUACAUACAUGCAGACAUUCCUCUCUAGUAUGUGUAUAUACCGUAUCGAGGGACGAACGUUCAACGAGCUGCUCGGAGCUAGAAGAGCGGGAAACCAGUGGAAGUCUCCAAAAUGUUACAGUCUCAUGGUGAGUAGAUGGUUCCCCUUUUUAACAAAGUGGAAUCACAUUUGACUGUUGAACAUGAGGACUUUGCUAUGCAUCAGAAUUGUAACAGAUGUUAUCUUUUGAUGAUCUAUUUGUCCUCUUCAAGUUGUGUUGCCCUCUAGCCUUUGGGACGAUUAAAAACUUAAAAUGUACUAGUUGGAAACAUUCUCACUGAACACAAGAUCCUCUCCAGGAAAUGUCACGCACCCAAAGAGAAUAUCACUGAAUAAAUUAUUGAUUUUGCUGUAUCUUUUUAAAUCAUGGCCAUCCCAUGUUUUCAUGUUGUUUUUGAAACACACUCCACUGUAGUCCCUAUUUAGUUUAUUCCAGACCAGUGAACUCACAUCUGGAGGUCACAGAUUUGCUUGGACGGGGCAACAGACCUGUAGCAAAGACAUCAGUUGUGUUGCUACUGGCAGAUGAGCUGCGUGGACGGCGUGGGUGUGGUUGUGACGACGCGUUAAAGUAUCUCAGGAAGCUGAUUGGCUUCACUGACAAAUCAAAGUGAUUGAAAACAGCACAGCUAGGCAGCGAACCUGCCGUCUUCUGCAGUGUUAGUUGCUGCUCUGAGAAGUUGAGGGUUUACUGACUUGGGGUUUUAAACGACAAUAAAGCAGAAAAGGGAAAUAUCUGUUGGGUUUAGAAAGAGCAUAGAAUAUCUCAAGUGGUAUUUCAACCAAAACAUUGCGAGGCAGCCAGAAAAAUAGUUGGUGAGAGCAUGACGACUACAGAGCUACUAGUAUUUUUAGUUACGGUUGCCCUGUAAGCGAAGAGUAUGUUUUUUUAGUAGACGAUUGGAGAUGACUCUUAAAAGUCGAUGUUAUUCAAGCUCUGAUCUCACAUAAAACAAGUUAUUUUCAGGACUAAUGAAGCAACCAUGUGAUAAAAAAUUAGUUUCAUCAGUCACUUUCAUUUAGUACUGUUUACUGCAUCUAAGGGCUUGGAUUUUACUUUUAUGUUAACUGACUGAUUUUGGUGGAAACUAACUUGCUCCCUCUGUGGUUAUAAUGAGCUUAAGUUCUAUAUGUCACUCAAAACUGUCACUCAAACAUUUUAUCACCAUCCUUUCUGCUUUUUCUGCCCCCACAGCCAUAUUAAAGACCCAAUCCAGAAUUGUUCUCCCCGAGGCAGCGCUGUAUAAAACAUCUUUAUAUUUGACGCAAAAACACUGAAUUAGACGUGUUGUAUAUUUAAUGUGAAGAUCUGUUUCCUCAGCUCCUGAUUGGCCAUGUGUGACUGCAAAACACAAGUGUGAAGAUGGAAAUGGUUUUCUUGCAGCAACAUUGUAAAUACUGGAGCAAAGCAGGAUAUAACGUUUCUCCUAUCUGGAAGUUGCAAUGAGAUUAUUUUCCAUCAGUAAACCACACCUACAUUGAAUAUUCUACAUGUACAUAGAUCCACAUUUGAUCCUGGAUUGGGACUUUAAGGAUUUGGUUCACUGCAUGCCCUCUCUUUGUUCCAUGUGGUUGAAAUGAAUAAUGACCUGAUUCGAGUGUUUAAUAAUAUUCAAUUUGUGUUAACAUCUAACGACGAGAUGAGACUUUACUUUUGACAGUCCAAGCCCGUCCUUCAGCCACAGCAUCAACAUGACUCGCCAUGAAAUUGAGAGUAGCAGCAGCUUCAAUCUGAACCUUAAAUGAUGCUUUCUCAGGAUGAAUGUAGGAUUCUGAACUAAACCUGGCUGUUCAGUGUUAAUGUGGUCAGCCCAAUCUGAUGACACUACUAUGGCAGAUUAAGUAUCUAAUAGCAGCUUCACACACUGUUUUGAUAGAGGGUUUAUCUUUUUCCCGUUGAUUUACUGACACAGUAUGUAAAUAUGUCGCCCGCGUCUCAAAAAACAUUUUAUUUUUCACAGAAUUCUGACAUCCUACU